AUGCAUCGCCAUCAGUCGUGGUUCUCUUACCCGAUCUCCAAGCCAUAUCCUUUCCGCUGGUUCACACCCGUGGUUCUUGUUGGCGGUGUUAUUCUCACUGUCUUUCUCUCUUUGGUCAAUCUCAGCGCAAACGGCUACUACUUAAAGCCUCUGUAUACAUCCGAUCCCAACGGCACUGAAGCUUAUUCGAACGCACAAUGGUACAGGAAACCCCCUUUCAAUUGGAGGAGUGACGUACGCGCAGAGUGCCAGCCGCGUCUACUGACAAUCGGCGAUUCCUUUUUCACCUCAAACCUGGGCUUUCGAUACAUUAUCAAGGCCAUUUCUGAUUCAAGGACGAACUCACUGUCCAGCUUGAAUUACAAGAACAAUACUCUGGAAAGCUGCUCGCCUAAAAGCAUAGCCCUGAAGCUGAAGAAGAGCGACACUGCGGUGCCGCCUGCUGCUUCAUGGUGGCUGUCAUAUGGAAAAUCUACAAUGAUGGCGACUGUGGACUGCACGAUUGUGACCGAUGACGGCAUCGUAACCAUAACGCUCGUUACUGAGGAAGCUAGCGGAGGGGAUCAUGACUAUAGCUACGUAAUCGAAGAUGAUUACCGAACGCACGCAAGCGUUUGGUGGGGGACCAGACUGCUCAAUGCAUAUUGGAGCGGUGUGAUGACAGUUGCAGCAAAUAUGACGAAUAUAUACGGCUCCAAGAACUAUGUUGUCCGUAGUGGUUUGACUUACACUCCCAAGCCAAGCGAAGAUAUCUACACCGAUAAGUUCUUUGAUCUUUACUGGUGGUUGGCAAAUGCGGACUCCUCGAUUCUCAAUAAGAACAUGGACAAAAGCCUCAAAGAUUACAAUUCUGAUUGGUACGGAUCCCCAUCAUUGACAGAAGGACUUCACAGCGCAAAGAUUCUGUUCUCUCUGCUUUCCUUGGACCUGGGCAAUUGCCCGGCACCGAAUCUUCUUUUGGAUGACCGUGGGCUCCGAUAUACAAUCCUGGCACCAGACGAUUACAACCGGGAUCCAGGACGGAUUCUGAACGGCUCAAAGUCGCAGAUAUACGGAUCAGAUCGUUACAACAUGAUUCCUGCUCCCGGAUCUAAUGACACCAACAGCGGACUGGUGAAGCUCCGGGAUAGCUACGACAAGUUUCAGCCUAUGAUGGGUCCACUGGGCUGCAAAAAUGCUACCAUUGUCAGCCAAUACCUUUGCUCUGUUCCUCAACAGAAGAACGGCGGUGUGAUGUUGUUUUCGAUCCUACUUGCGGAUCUACUUUUCCUCCAAGCAGCUUGGAAAAUCCUGACUUGGAUUGCUGAUGGGCUGGUAUCGAGAGGAAGUACGGAAGCUAUGACUUGUCAGGGCUGCCAGGCCAGAAUUGAUACUUAUCAAUCACUGCAAGAUUUCAGCUCAACUAGGAACGGCUUCGGGGCAGUUCCAAAGAGGACAAUGGAUUGGAGUGAGAGCAGAGAAACGAUAUUAAGGCAGUGA